AUGGCUGAAGGCAAUGAUCUGGAUAAAGAAGCUAACAAACAAGAGGUCCCAGAUAUAGUUGAUGACAUUCAGUGGGAUCAAGGUGACCUUGGAACCUGGCACAAACAUAAUCAGCAUAGUAACCAUUGCAACCAACUCAGUCAUGUGACAACAGAAAUAAACACUGGUACAAAUGAAACUCCUGAACACAGAGUUGAGACAACUAAUAAUGAAAUAUUAACUGAAUGGGACAGUCAAUUUGACUUCUGCUUCAAAGACAGUCCAAACAAUUCACCGGUCAAAUCUAUGCUAAAUAAAGAAAAUAGUGCCAAGUCAUCAAAAGAUAAAUUUAGGGCAGUUAUUGUUAAAGGGAAGGAUUUUGUUAAGUCUAAAGUGAACAGUUGUCGAGAUAGAUUUAGUAGGAAUUCUAUGAAGGAGGUGAAAAAGAGGCAAUCAAAUGUUACUGAAGAUGAAAGUGAAAAGGGAAGUAACUCCUGUGGGAAUCACAGGGGAAGUUACUCUGGUGCUCCACAAGAUCAGGAGCAAAGUAACACAGAGCAGAUGGGAACGUCUGCUGACUUAAAGACUAUUGACAUGUCAUGUGACAAAGAUGAGAAAGAAGCUGAUUGGUCAGGACAAAAUGGCAACAGUAAAUAUGAGAAUGAAGAAAAUUUUAUGAUACUACCUGAAGUUUACACAAAAUAUAAUGGUGUAAGUAAUGACAACAUGGGGCAGAACCAUAGCCAAGAAAAGGCAGAUGAAAUAAAGGAAAAUAAUGAUGAUAUGACAGAUGGACAGAAGAAUGGAAACCAAGUGGGGAUUGUUGUGGUUGAUGAAGAAGAAAAUGAUUAUGGAAAUGCUGGGAAUGGAGAUGAGGAAGAUCAAACAGUUUUAGAUGAAGCCAUACCUUUGGGAUCAGAAGCACAGUCAUUUGAGGAAUGUACACGAACUGAGACUUCACAGCUGGAAGUACCAGUGGACAAAAAAAUAAAAUGGCUUCUAGGAAACUUGGAACAACAUAGCUUUGGUUCUGACCUGUCACAGAACACAGCAACCAGCAACUCUAGUGAUAUAAGUGUUGAUAUGCUAUUAAAUGAAAGAUCUAAUGAUCCAGAAGAAAUCUUGACAAAUCUUGGUUUUGGCGAGGGCGAAGAGGGAAACAAUCCUAACGUAAGAAUUCCAGGACGAUUCAAAGCUGAUCAAUCAGGAGCAGAGGGUGUGUCAAUUACAGAAUUUCUUGGUGACAAUCCUGAACUCUCUCAAUUACUCCAGGCAAUCUCUGAUCAACAAGAAGGUGGAGGAGAAAAUCUUGAACUUGAUACAAAAGAUAUGGAUGCCAUGAUGGCCGCUGGUCAGGGUAAUCCUAACUAUGGUAACAUGCUUAAUUCAGUUAUGCAUGGCAUGAAGUUUCUUAACCUUUUAUCAAGUGCAAAAAAUUUAAAUAAUCUUGGCGAAAAACCAGAAGAACAUCCAAGUAUAUUGCAAAAUCCUAAAAAUAGGGAGUUUCUAGCCCAACAGGGAUUUUAUGACCGACACAAAAAAAAAUCUAGGUCAGAAUCGGAAGCUAAAGCGAACAAAUUAAGUCGAACUCAGUCUCUGGAUGCUUCUGAAAAAAGGAAAAAAUUUCAAGCCACAAAAUCUCGAAAUUAUUCUUCGCUUCAAAAUGUUCCUGAGCAAGAUGAAGUAUUUGACCCUCAGAAAUCUGGUGCUGGAAAUUAUUACUCAUUUGGUACCAGUGUGGGUACGGGAAGAUCAUCUAGUAUUGAUAAUUAUCGUCCAAGCAUGACAUCCAUUGAAACUUCAACAGAUUCAUUUGAUAGUGGUGAUUCACCUGGAUACACUGGUCGUAAUGGAAGUUCAAGGUCAGAACCUUAUCUCAUCCAAUCGGAACAAAUGAACAUUGCCGAUUCAGGUAUCUGGAAUACUGAAGAUUCUCAAAGAAGUGUGGAUGAGGAGUACUUGUCCGAAUUUACUCGGGAUUCUGCAAUUCAACGAAAAUCUCAAGUUGAACGUAUGAUGAGUGAGGACUGUUAUAAUGUUGGUGACGAUACAGAUAUUUUACAAUCACCGCCAUUUAGUCGAACAGGAAGUCUUGAAAGCACAUUGACAGCAAGUGGUAUUCACAAACUUGAAACAAAAUCUUCGACUUUAAAAGGACAUGAAUCUUUUGAUGAUGAUGUGGACAUUUAUUCAGAAUCUUACUUGCCCGAUAAAAAAAAUUCUAUAGAGAAUGGCACAGACUAUGCAGAUAGUAUUCAAAGACAAUUAAUUGAAGCGGAAAGUAUUAAAGAAAAAUGCAGUCCUAAUACCUCUAUGUCAAAGCCUGAAUCAGCAUCAGGUUGGAAAAUGUUUCAAAGACGUUAUGGUGUAGAAAUGCAAAUCAAUGUACCGGGUGUAAAGAACAAGGCUGAUAUGGCCAACAACAACUAUGAUUUCUGUAGGAAAUCGGAGAAUGAGAUUCCUGUAGAUGGAAUACAGACUGACAAACCUGGCUUAGGAGUAAUUGGUAAAAAAGAAAGUGUCCAGUCUGAUAGUAGUGGAUUUGCUGAAGCAGAACAUGUGAUGCCAGAACCUGUUGUCAUACAAAAGGUAUCAAGUCUUGGUAGUAGUACAGAAAGCGAUCAGACAUUCAAAAGUAGCAUAACUAUUUUACCUAACAAAUCAAGUGCACCCAAAAUGAGUGUUACAUCUCCUGAUGGAACACAAAACAUUUCAUUGGAUAUAUCAGGAUCUGAGAGUUUUUCAAGUUCAUCCAAAGUUGAUAUUGCUGUUGGAACUGACGAUUUUAGUGAAUAUUUGCAUGCACCGAAUAUUUGUUAUCAUUUACAUGAACGAGAUGGAGAUGAUUCGGGGACUUAUUCCGAAAAUAAUAAAUCUGUUGUACUGACGAUUGAACUACCUAAAAAAUGGGUCAACUCAAAUCCAAAUAAAAAAAUUGGCAAACCUAGAGUUAUCUCCCAUCUGUAUAAAGAAAUAGGUCAUCCAACACGUAGUCAAAGUUUAGAUACAACUGAUUCAGAGGCAAAUGAUGAGGUUGUAGUUAUGCGUCGUCACCAUGGACAAUCAAAUUUCCCAUUAGAAAGGGCUGCAUCAGACAGUCAUGUGCCAUCAGACUAUCCACUAAGGUCAUCCACACCUCAUGGAGGUCAUUCUAGAAGUAUCAGAGAUUCAAUUAUGUUUGCAGAGUCAGGUGGUGGUAUGCCGACUGACUUUCCGAUGCAAUUAUUAUCUACUCCACAUGGGCAUUCAAGAAGUAUACGAGAUUCCAUUUAUUUGGCGGAAACUAAGCAGACAUUUUUUCCGAAUCAACUUCCUCCUCGCAGUACAUCUCCUACAAGUCUUUCAGCUUUUAGUGCUUUUGGCUCAUUGCCAAGACGGACAGGUUCCAACAGAGAACAUUUAGAAAGUGAUAGUAACCUUAAUUUAUCAAGUGUUUCACUUGUUUCUCAAACAGAUAGUGUUUCUAGUACAUCCAGUGGUAGUUUAGAAUAUUACAAACUUAUGAAGCUUGUCAAUCAACCAGUGUCUUUCAAGACCGACUCAAAGGGUCGGAAAGGUAACAUCAGAUUUGUACCAAAGUUUAGUGUAAAGGAAUGGACACAACUUCAAAAGCAUCAGCAAUUAAAAGAAGAAACCAAACUUGCUCAGCAUACCUUACAAAGAUAUAAAGCUGAAUUAAAUAUGAUGGAAUCUCAGUUCCUCGUCAAGACACAACUUGUAAAAGAUGAUCUCUCAUACAGUGAUAGGGAAGAUGUCCAAGAGUUACAGUAUUUAUUUGGAGAAUUACGUAAGGAAAUGUUAUUGACAGAAGAAACAUUAGCCAAUAGAUUGGAUGGUAUCAACAUGGGCAAUGAUAACUAUAAUCCUAUGUUAGCCCUGGAUGUUAUCAGGAAGAUGACUGAACUUUUACGAGAACAGUCUUAUCAACAACAGAUGGUUACAGAAAAGGAUGAGGAAACCAUGGAAACAACCCACAGCGCCACCUGGCGGUCUAGUGGAUCACAGCGUUUAUCUGAGGCCAAACAAAGAGGCUCAAUCUCUGACUUAGAUUCUGAACAUAGUUUUAGCAGUAGUUUAUCUGAGUUGAAAGAAACAAUUUUAACUGAAGUACGACAAGAAUUACAUGACAAUACCCAGUGGUUACAUAAAGAAUUACAGAAGAAAGAGAGAGAACUGAAUGCAUUAAAGAUGGAACUAAUGUCAACCAAUAUAAAAUCUGGAACCACCAGGAAAAAACAUUUCUAUGAGAGUGAUGUAUGAGCAAGGCCUCACUAACCCAAAGUAGGUCAUUUUGGUACCAGUGACUGGAACCUAGGGCUAGACUGGUUGCUGAUUUUAAAGCCAUUAUGAGAAAGGAACCAGUAUAUGCUUCUUGAUGCAGAAGAGAAUGAAAAGAUUGACCAAUGAAUGAAGUUUAAUUGAAGUGAUUAUACAUUUGAUUAAGAAAAACGAUCACAAUGUCUCAAAUUUUUUCACAACAGUUUUAUUUGUAUGUCUUAUAUAUAUAUUAUUCUUUAUGAUUUUUCCAAAGUACUAAAAUUGUAAUUAUAGAAAUAUGAGCUUUACAACUUUUAAUAUUACACAUACAAUUUUGAAAUUUAGCAAUAAUGUAUAAUUUCAUGAUAUUGUAAUUUUGUCAAUUUUUUUUAUAUUCAGCUAUAUUUUUACCAUUU